CAGAUCUCGUGGUGCUUCAGAUUUUUAUUUUUUUCAAUUUUAAUUUUUGUGGGGUGGAAAGGAGCUCCGGAACAUCCAAGGUUUUGCCCCCAGCUUCACUGAUCGAGACAAGGCAAGUCCAGCAGCCAAGGACAAAAGAUCAAGAGGAGCCCAGGCUUGCUGCCACUAUCCCAAAUAGUUUAUUUGCCUGCUUUUAAUCCGGUACCCGAAAAAAAGGCAUCCUGGAUCCCAUCAUGACCAAAGCUGAAAUGGGCAAGCUCAACACUACUCCUGACGAAGACAGCAGCAGCUACAGUUCCAACAGCAAUGACUUCAACUACCCCUACCCAACCAAACCAGCUGCUAUGAAGAGCCAUUAUGUAGACAUGGAUCCAGAAAACCAAAACUUUUUACUUGAAUCCAAUCCUGGAAAGAAGAAAUAUGAAACUGAAUAUCGUCCAGGUACUACUUCCUUUGGAAUGUCAGUAUUUAAUCUGAGCAAUGCUAUUGUGGGCAGUGGCAUCCUUGGGCUUUCUUAUGCCAUGGCAAACACUGGAAUUGCUCUCUUUGUAAUUCUUCUGUUCUUCGUGUCGAUAUUUUCUUUAUACUCCGUUCAUCUCCUCUUGAAGACUGCCAAUGAAGGAGGGUCUCUGCUAUAUGAACAACUGGGAAUGAAGGCCUUUGGCAUGGCUGGAAAACUUGCAGCAUCUGGAUCUAUUACAAUGCAGAACAUUGGAGCUAUGUCAAGCUACCUGUACAUUGUGAAAUAUGAGUUACCAUUGGUCAUCAAGGCAUUUAUGAACGUCAAAGAGAGCACAGGAGAAUGGUACUUCAACGGUGAUUAUUUGGUUAUAUUGGUAUCCUUGUUCCUCAUUCUUCCUCUGUCAUUGUUGAAAAAUUUAGGUUAUCUGGGUUACACCAGUGGAUUUUCCUUGUUGUGCAUGGUCUUCUUCCUUAUUGUUGUCAUUUGCAAGAAAUUUCAAAUUCCAUGUGGACUGGAAAGCGACUUGAUUAAUGCAACUCUGAAUACCACCCUAGAACAUCUGUCAACCACUGCACCUUUUCAUGUAUCAGAAGUUAAUAUAACCAGUGAUGACCAAUGCACACCGAAAUAUUUCAUCUUCAAUUCACAGACUGUCUACGCUGUACCAAUCUUAACAUUUUCCUUCGUCUGCCAUCCUGCUGUUCUUCCUAUUUAUGAAGAACUGAAAGGGCGAAGCCGCAGAAGAAUGAUGAAAGUCUCCAAUGUUUCAUUUUUUGCCAUGUUCCUCAUGUAUCUUCUGGCUGCUCUCUUCGGCUACCUGACAUUUUAUGGAAAUGUUGAGCCAGAGUUGCUUCAUACUUACGCUGAAGUCUUGGGAGCUGAUGUUCUUCUCCUUAUCGUUCGUCUGGCAGUCCUGAUGGCAGUGACACUUACUGUGCCAGUUGUGAUUUUCCCAAUCCGCAGCUCCAUCACACAGUUGUUGUGUUCAGGGAAAGAAUUUAGUUGGUGGCGCCAUACUGCAAUUACAAUGGCUCUUUUGGUAUUCACCAACAUUCUCGUGAUCUUUGUUCCCACAAUUCGAGACAUAUUUGGAUUCAUUGGUGCCUCCGCUGCUGCCAUGCUGAUCUUUAUACUACCAUCUGCUUUCUACCUUAAGCUAGUGAAGAAAGAACCAAUAAAAUCUGUUCAGAAGAUUGGGGCUCUUCUUUUCCUGAUCAGUGGCAUAUUUGUGAUGACUGGAAGUAUGACCUUGAUCAUUCUGGAUUGGACCAGCAAUGCUGCUUCUAAUGGCCAUUAGCUAUCUGCUUUGGACUCCAGUGCUUACUCAACCGUCUACUGAAAAGAAACAGAACUUCUUACCCACGUUUGCAAUUCUGCUUCCUUUCGAAAUGCAGAUUCUUUGAUGCUGGUUCUUCUGAAUGGCGAAUAGGUGAACUUUUUUUAAAAAAAGAUACUAUUCUGCACUAUGGGAAUCAAUACUAACAUCAAACCACCUGAAUCUUUGGCUGAGGGAAGUGACUAUUUAUUCCAUUCCAGAGAAUGGACAGCUCUCUCUGUAAAAUUUUAUCAAGCCAUGUUUGGCUUUUGUCAUUGUUACAGUACUUGGAUAUUUUAUUGUUUUACUUGAAUGUGCCUAAUGGAAACAAUUGAUGUGAGAAAUAAGUUAGUUUACAUCGGGGGGUAAGCUAACCAUUGAAAGUGAAUGAGAAAAACACUAUUAUUUUUGUACCAAAAAUUUUAUGGACCUCAAAAGCACUAUUUUGACUUUAAGAAAAUGUUUUGUAAGUUGAUGAUCCAAAUAAGGGUAAAAAAGAAAUCUGUAAAACUGUUUAAGCAGAGUUCUAAAUUCAACAUGUUUUGCCUGCCUAUAGAGGCAUAUCCUUAAAAGUAUAUUUUUGGCCACAUGAAAUUAUUUUUGAAACCUAUUAUAUGAAAGGUUGAUUAAUUUGAAAGACUCAAAACUGUUUAAUGAUUUCUUCACGUAACUUAGUUAUUCUAACCUAAAACCAAACAGAUAUGUUAUGACAACCCCAUGGCAAUAUUUCUUAUCCAAGCAACAUAAACCACCACACUCUUUCAAGUAGCUAUUUACUCAAAUUGUCAUGUUUUUAAAAAGAAUUCAUACCAUUAGAAUGGAUGAUGCUUUAAAACAAUUUUUAUGUAGCAAAUGUAGCAUCCAAUCCCAUUAGUGCUACAACCAAACAAGACCCUUGAAAUUAAUGAGGGAUGCAUAGGAGCAGUAUUUGGCAAAUUACUGAAAGUGCAAUCCUAAGCAUUUUUCUUCUUGAGGUACUCAAUAGUGCAAUUAGAUUAAACAAAUGGGCUAUUAUUAUUAUUAUUAUUAUUCAGUUGCAGGUACCAACCAAAUCAUGUUGGGUCAUUUGCCAUUAAUGUGGAGUUCACAUGAUCCAGCGGCAAUUUUACACAUUUUAGCUGUUUUUUGUAACAAGUAAAAAUGAGGUCCUACUAUCGUUUACUAGCAGUCUAGCAGUAUUCACACACUGUACGGUGUUUUUCAACUACAAGUUUUCAUCCAUUGUUGGAUUUUAAAUUAUUUUAUGUUUUUGUUCCUCUCUGACAAUGUGAUAUUCCUAAUUGCAUAUAGUACGCCGGGAUUUGGUGUGUAUGGCAAAAGUUCUCUUCAUAAGGCAACUGGGAUUCCUAAUACAACGGAUAUUGUAUAGCAGUCUUUUAAAAUUACUAUUACUAUUAUUAUUAUUAAGACCUUGAUGGGAAUACACUGUCAUCUCAUAUUUUUCUGAUAUAGGCAUGUGCUAUUUGAGUCUUAAGUAGUUUGCUUUGAAAAGGAGGUGGUAAUUUCAUGGUCACUGAGUGCUUGAUCCUUCCCUGUUUGCAAAGAGAUCACCAUUAACGAGCCCUUCCUCUGUGUGCAUUUGGCAUACUGGGAACAUUACAGGAAAUGGAAAUUCUUCCAUGUACUUCCCAUAUCCCGUCCAGCCCCUCUAAAUUAGGUCAGGGUAUACAAGAAGAACACGGUAUGCAUAUACAGACCAGUGGGGCCAGGGCUUCACACCCAGAGCAACCAAACCAGUUGUGCUCCCCUAAAUUCACCUCUGUACAGACUUUCCGUUCCCCAUCUUGCCCUGCAAGUGUAUUGCUAUGGGCAGCACUUUUGCAGAGCGGGGAGAAUAACUGUGCUCUUAUUAGCACUGCAUGGUGAUAAACCUGUAUGUCGGUACUACACCUGCAUAGGUAAGGAUCAUACACUGUUGAGUUACUAUGCAUGUUCCCUGCAUUAUUUCCAUCCUAGGCUGAAGAGAUGUUGUACUUUCAUGAGAGCACAUCCAGUACCACUUAACAGACACAGAUGCUGCUGGGAAGCACAGACAAAGAAUAAAGACAGGCAGAGUUUUAACAGCAAAGUCCUCAGUGGACGGCUUUCCGCUAUGUUCGUUUGGCAUAAUAGUUUAGAAAUCUAAUUUAGCUGAUUUCAAGCAGUAGUUGAGUUAUAAGGAUCAAAUCAUGGCAUUCAAUUAGCUAAACAAUUCUGGCUUUUUUUCUUUUUCUUUGAAAAAAACGUUUAGGUCCAUUUUUUUAAAUAGUUGGCAGAUUACUGCCACUCUGUCCCGGGUUUUUACAAUCUGGCAAUGCAAACCGUUUUGUUUUGUAUUUCUGCAUGGCAGCUGCCACCCCUAAAGCUGCAAUCUUGAUUCCAUGGAGGUCAGUAUCAAGAGAAACCUGCCUUACUGAAAAGUGUCUACAAGUUACAAAUGGCUUGACAUUUUGAACUCAAGCCAUUGUCCUGGGCAGGGCAAUGCAAACUCUACUUGAAUAACAGUCCCGAUAAUCUCUUUUGUUCUCAGAGAAUCCAGGUAACCAACCAAUAUGUGAAACUUUGCUUUGCUCUGUACUUAAAAACACCCAAACAGAGACCAUCUUGUGAGUUUUCAAAAACCAGUCAUUUUCAAAGCAAUGGCUUGGUAUAAUGUCAGAUGCUAUUUUUAUUGGCUUACAUCUCAGAACCACCACUGGCUUCGGUGUAAUCCAUUAUACAUCUGUGCAUGAUGUAAUGAAAAUGACAUCUCUCUUUCCCUGCAAAUUAGACUAGUCUAGUGGUACUUGGCUUUCAUAUUUUGCAUACUUCUGAAAGCUGGUAAGAUGAGCCUCAGUUAAAAUGGCAGCUCUUCCAAUUUACCCAUUCAUGUGGUUCUUGUAAAAAAUAAUAAUACUAGGAUUCCCAAGUACCUUCAAGAUAUCAGAAUGGUACAGGGAACAAAGGACCGUUUUUUCUGAACACACUGGAGAGCGUUUGUAACCAAGAAGCUAAGUUCAUCGGUUCAUCUCAACAGCUGGAAGAGUGGUAAAGGUAACAGAAAUUACGAGACUGUACUAAUUGUUGCAUUUCAAAGGAGUCAUUGCUGGAUCAGGGAUACCUCGACAGUACACUGUGAAUCAUGCAGUUUAGUGUCAUUCAGUAACUAAAGAGGUUUCCCGCCUGACCUGGCUGUGUAUCACUAGGCUAUAUUGAUUUCUAGUGUCUGUUGUAAACCUGUCUCUUUAGAGGUUUCAUUGAAGCUCACAGUUUCAGUAUUAAAUUAAACCACUGUUUGUCACCUAAUUUUUAAAUUACUGUCUUCCAUGUUAUUUCAUUCAUAAAAUGUAACAUGUUAUUUAUAGAACAAUAACCUGUUGAAGUUAAAACCUAUUUUUCAGUAUUUAUGGGUAGCCUUUGUAUAUAAACUGUGUGUGUAUAUAUUGUAAGUAUAUUGUAUAUAAUGUAGGUUUGGGAGUUUGUGUUUAUGUAUAUAAGCUUUCGUUACGAUUCAUGGCUAAUGCAUUAUGUCCACGACUCAUUCCUGUUAUGCAUUCAGUUGAAAGAGCUAUCAGAUGGAAGUCUCCAGGGAAAUAAUUAUGGCUCCCCAAAUGGAAAUCCUGUGCCCUCAAAUUGUCUAGGGACACAAUAACAUUUAAUGACCAGGGCUGGCAUCUAAAAGUGUUUCCAAGGACGUGAUAGUCCAAUGAGGGGUUCUCCCUCCCUUUGAACCACACACAACUGAUCUGAAACUUCCCUUGCUUUCAAAAGCAGUUUGCUUUGUGGGAUGGAAGGUGUAAUGGUUCUUUCAGAAAAAGAAGUCUAAAGUUUUGGGGUUCAUAGACCUAGUUUCAUGAUUCAUGCAAGGGCUUUGCAGUGUGAAGACAGUUCGCUGCCCCCUUGUAAAAGGGAAAUGCAAAGCCCCUGUGUGCAUGAAGUUAUUCACUGGGCCCCUUAUUCGUUACAACUGUGUACACACAGAAUCUCUUGGAUCCACAGAGUACAGGCUUUCAGAAUACAGUUUGCCAUAGAUGGUUUUUCAGUAACUAGUUUUAAAAUCAAUAUAUCAAGCCUUCAUGUACAGGUAUGGUAAUAUUUGUAUAUAUUGUAUAUGUAUAUAUAGAGAGAGAUACACACUGUAAUGUUAGAUCAACAAUUAAGGGACAAUUGUUGAAAAAGAGUGCUACACAGUUUCAAUGAAACAUUGUAUGUUUUAACUAAACUAAAAUAAAGAUAUAAUCUUAAAUUGU